AUGGAAACUAAAGUACAUUUAUUAUACCAGGCAGAAGAAAAUAUUGAUUUAUCAGAACAUGGCUGUAAUUCUUUUGCGACCUACUUGCCAUCAAGACGUAUUGACAGCAAGAAAUACAUCAAGUUUUCUAAAAUGACAGAGAAAAGAAUUUCACCUGAAAUUAGGGUUUUGAGCCCAGAACACAAACAAACGUAUGAAACAUCAGUAUUCCUAUAUGGAGAAGAAAAAUCCUCUGAGUUUUCAGGAGAAAAACAAGUCAAGAGAAAGAAAAGUUUACAAGCACAAUUGCAUACUAAAAGGACUGAGAUUGCCUCUUCCUCUGUGAAACUGUCAAAGGAGAAGAUGACUAGGAAAGAAAACUCUUUAUGCAAGUUGCCGAAUCAGUACCGCAUUCACAAGACUUUAUUGCCUCUUUGUACAUCUUCCUCAAUUAUUCGGGAAAAGGAAAUGCUUUCUAACCUCUACGAGACUUUAUAUGAUGAAGUGCCUCAAGGACACUUACACUCACAAGAAUUAAGUGCACUUCAGAAAGCCUGUAGAAUUUUUAGUAAAAUUCGGAGUGGUAAAAUUUAUGUGAAUGAUCUACAAAUGAUCCAUCGCACCUUGAAGAUUUCUAUAAGUGAUUCAGAAAUGCGAAAGGCACUAAAGACUAUUGAUAUUGAUGCAUUCCAGGAUGCUUUGAAGAUUUUCUGUAGGAUAAAAGGUGGUCGGGUUGCAAUUGAUGAAGUGGCUACUGUUUUGGAUAGCAUGGAUAUCCUUGUAACUCCUGAAACUUUUCAGGAAGUGAUAAAACAUGCUAGUAUUGACAGUAACCACAUGGUAGAUAUUGGGGAUAUUAUAUUUACUUUGGAUGAACUACAGCAACAGUAUGAGGAUGUUUCAAUUAUGGAAGGAUCAGGCUUGGAUGAAACUACUUUGAACAGAAAGUUAUCAAAUGUAUCAAGAUGUUAUCUACAAUAUAGGAAGAAAAGCAUUUUCUCUUCUAGACAGUCUGAACCAUCAUUAUCCCAAAAGUUAAAUACGAAAAGCCCAAAAUAUCAUAAAAUUAUGGAAGAGAAUGAUGACUUUGAAUUUAAAAGGUCAAAAAAUACUUUGCAAAUAAGAAAAUUCCUGGAUGGAGUUGAAAGCAGUGAUGUAGGAUUCCAGGAACCAUAUUCAAAGGAUGGUGUAAACUUUAAGAGAAGUUCACAGAAGAUUGCAAUUCAUGACUCAAAGUCUAAACCACAAAACUUGAAGAAUAUUACAAGCCUCAAAAAGUCUCUGGAUAAAAGUGAUAUUUUUAGUAUCCCAAAGCUUCAGAAGCCAGCUGUGAGAAGGCGUUCCAGGCUCCUAAAACAGGUUUCAUCUAAGGAAAAAAGUGUAGUUAAUGCUCUCGAAAGUGUUUGUGAAGCUGUCAGUAAACUCCAAGAAAAUUACAUUGCUGCAGAAGAACUUCAGUUCAUUUUGCCUUCAAUAGGAAUUACUUUAUCAGAUAAAGAAUUCAAGAAGAUUGUGACAGACACUACUAGAAAUGAAAAUGGAAUGGUGAAGUUAGAUGACUUUGUGAGUGCUCUCUCCAAAGAACAAAGUCUUGCUGAAUAUGGUGUGUUGACGGAUAUCAUUAAAGCUGUUGAUGAAGUUAAAGAUAAAAGUAUUGAUUCUGAAGAUCUGAAUACUUGUCUUCAAAAUUUUGGAGUUUACCUUUCUAAAUCAGAAUUUGAGAAGAUUGUAGAGUUGACUGAAGCUGGUGAAAAGAAAAAAGUGAAUUUUAAAGAAUUCAUUGAUACUAUGAUGAAUAACACGGAACGCUUUUCUGAAAAAUUGUUAUUACUUCGUACUAUUGAAAACCUCCACAAUCUCAGCAAAGAGAAGAUGAGUGCUUCCGACCUGUGGGACACACUGUCUGGUUUGAAUAGUAAUUUAAAAAAAGACGAAUUCCUAGCUGCACUAGAAUUAGCAACAGUUGCCAAAGGUGACAAAAUACAAAUUGAAGAAUUUGCAAAAGUGGUAAAGGAUAUGCAUGAUGCCUCCAGGUUAGAAGAGUUACGGGAGAUUGUCUUAGCUCUUGAUUUGCUUGAAGGUGACAUGAUAGCUGGGAAGAACUUGGAAGGCUUUCUAAGAAAUAUAGAGAUUAAGUCACCUAAGGAAGAAGUAGAGAAAAUUCUUCAAUCAGAUUUUGUUUCUGACAACAUUGUGAAUGUUAAAGACUGUAUAAAGGCUUUGAGGGACACCUAGAAAUAUUCCAAUUUUAUUGAUUUAAGGAAAGAGACUUUGUCUUCUAAUCUGAAAUUACCAAAGGCAGACGAGAUUAAAGAAGCUGCUCAUGUCUUGUCACAUGUUGAUAAUGGCAAAAUUGAUAUACCUAACUUGGAGCAUGCCCUGAAAAGUUUGAAUGUUAAUUUAACUCAGGAGGACUUCAGUGAAGCCCUUAAAUAUUGUGACCUCAGUGAUAAUAAGGAGGUGGAUUUAAAAGAUUUCUUAAAGGGAAUUAAAGAAAGUCCACAUUUCAAAGAGUCUGUAGCUACACAGCUACUCUUAGCUACUACCCAAAUUCUCCGGAAUGAUCUAAUUGAUGUUUCUGACCUGAAGGCAUUAUUGGUAAACGAUGAUCUUCAUGCAGCUAAUGAUUUACUUAAUGAAGUGUCAAGAUAUGUACCUGAACAUGAAAAUGGCAAGAUUACCAUUCAAGAAUUUAUGAUUAAGCUCUCCAAUACAUUGGCAAAUCCUGAAGCUACAGGUGAGUUUUAUUUAAUAUGUAUCUACUGCCCCAUUUCAAAGACAAACAGUGGUUUUCAUGUUAAAACAAUAUAGGAUUAGAUAAUUAAAGCACAGGUAAGUAAGAAACAAUAUAAAGAUAAUAUAACGCAAUAUAGAUUAUAUAUCUUUUGUUUGAAUUAUAAGGCAAAAACUGCUAAGCUUAACCCAAACUGA